AACAAACUAAAUUGUUUUUUUUUAAUCAAACCUUGAUCUACGUACGCGAAUGUUAGUGUGUAUUCGGUCAUGUCUCUGAAUUGGUCAGUUCUGACGCGAUUAAUUAUUGUGCUAUCUCUUAUAAUUGUUAAUAACUAUGCUAAGCAAUACUACAUAGAGCUGGAGCGCUCGGAGCUGGCGUCGCUGGACACGCGGUUCCUGGAAUACUUCAACGUGUCGGCGCGGCGGCGCGCGCGGCGCGGGCCCGUGGUGCUGGCCGGCGGCAUGCGCAUACUGUACCCCGCGCAGAACAAUGUCACGCUCCGAAUGCUGCUGCUCGAGAAGCACAAGACGGGCUACCGGCCCACGCCGCUCGACGUCAAGUACAAGCUGUGCGAGCUGCGCACCAAGGACAAGUACUUCCUGCCGGCCAUACAGCGGUUCUCGCCACAGGAUCUGAGCAAGUGCCCGUUUCUGGGAGUAAUAGAAAUAAAGGAGAUGACCUUCGAGCCCAAGAUGCUCCCCCUCAAGUACUUCCCGUACCAGCACGUGCGGCUGGACCUGACGUGGACCGCCACCGCCACCGGCCAGCUGCUGCUGCACUACUCCGUGUAUCUCAAGAUCUCCGAGCAGCCGUGAAUGAGGGUUUUGAGUAAAGGGAUGGAGGAAGUUA